AUGGUGCCACCUCCACCACCACAGUGCGGACCACCAUGUCAGCCUCCACCAUUUCAACAUCCACCAUGUCAACCACAACCACCACAUCAUCACCAUCGUCCAGGAAUAAAAAUUGAAAUUAUUCCUCCAUGGCGCCGUCGUCAUCACCAUCAUCCACCGCCGCCUCCCGCUUCUCAGGUAGUUGUAGUUAUGCCAUCUGGUCAAAAUCCACCGCCAGCAUAUCCACAAGGUCAACCAGCUAAUUACUAUGUACCACCAUCAGGACCUCCACCAGCACACUAUCACAACCCGAAUUAUUAA